AUGUCCCUGCUCUUCCAGGUCCUAGAGGACCCUGUGGAAUUCAUUGAGGGUGAACGAGAGCUGCAGGCAUUUGAGAACAUCGAAGAUGACAACAAACUCAUCGGCUACUUCAAGAGCAAGGACUCAGAGCAUUACAAGGCUUUUGAGGACGCCGCAGAGGAGUUCCAUCCGUACAUCCCCUUCUUCGCCACCUUCGACAGCAAGGUGGCAAAGAAGCUGACCCUGAAGAUGAAUGAGGUUGACUUCUAUGAAGCCUUUAUGGACGAGCCUGUGACAAUCCCAGACAAGCCCAACAGCAAAGAGGAGAUUGUCAGCUUCGUGGAGGAGCACAAGAG